AUGAGCCUGCUGUGGCCCUGCAUGGAUCUGGUGCCCGUGCGGGGCCCUCUGUGGUCCUCGGUGUGGUCACUUCCUAAGCCACAGGUCCUCGUGGGACUCCGAGCUACCACUUCUGCUGCAGCCCGUGGAGAGGUGUGCGUGGUGCCCCAUGGAGAGAGCCGUUUGCCCACCUCCUGUCCUGACUUCUGCUGUGGCACCUGUGACGCCCAGUACUGCUGCUCAGAUGUGUGGAAGAAACUGGUGUGGAGCCAGCACGCGUGCGGGGGGCCUCCGACCAGUGCCCCCAGUGCCCCCAGCUCGGAGCCCCUGGAGCAGCUGGGCUCAGCCCUGAGGUUUCGCUCCAGCUUUGACAGUGACGACUCCAUGUCAGGGUUUGGAGCAACUGUGGCCGUCGGCCUGACCAUCUUUGUGCUCUCCGUGGUCACCAUCAUCGUCUGCUUCACCUGUUCCUGUUGCUGCUUGUACAAGAUGUGCCGCCGGCCACGCCCGGUUGUGACCACCACCACAUCUACCACGGUGGUGCACGCCCCCUACCCUCAGCCUCCAAGUGCGCCACCCAGCUAUCCUGGACCGACGUACCAGGGCUACCCCUCCAUGCCUUCACAGCCAGGGAUACCAGGAGCCCCCUAUCCGAUGCAGUACCCACCGCCCUACCCAGCCCAGCCCAUGGGCCCACCUGCUUACCACGAGACACUGGCUGGAGGUGCAGCCAUGCCGUAUGUUGCCAGCCAGCCACCCUACAACCCAGCCUAUACGGAUUCCCCGAAGGCAGCCCCCUGAGCUGGCCCCAGCUGCCCCGUGACUAUCCUGGUGUGAGUGGCGUGCAGGCAUGGUGCUCUGCUGCGCUGCACACGGUGCGUGUCCUGGCUACACACGGGGCUGACGAGGUGGGGAGCAAUUCUCUCAUCAGCAGGGACCAAGCUUCAUUCUUUUCCUCACUUGAAAUUUUGCUCCCUAAACUCUGAAGCCACAUUCUGAGAACCAGGUGUGCACUCUCCCCUGGUCCUCCCCGCGGCUCAGGUGCUUUUUGCAGGGUUGCGGCUGUGACGCAGGCAGGUGUGUGGUGCCUGGCUCGGGGCUCUAGGUCCUUUGGGCAGACACUGCAUUGUUUCCUUGAGCCUGUGCUGCGCCGGGCAGCUCCUGAUGUCAGUGCCUCCUGCGAGUGCCACCAGGUGACAUGUUCUGACGGCCCCCAGGGCUGGUUUCCUGCUCAGUCCCUUCCAUACAUGAGCAGCCUGGCCUCUAUCCGCCAGUACACUUGGGUCUCCUCCCUGCUGUGUUCUUUCCCUCUGGACAGUUUCUAUUUUGUUUUACAUUACGUAACUAUGGACAUGAGGUGGAAACCCCCAGGGCCCUGGAGGGAACCUGACUGAAAGUCUGAUCUCCGAAAGUGCCAGCAUCCCCCAAGUGACUGGCUCCUGCCCCCUGCUUACCCUGGCAGCAGGGGUGCCUGGGCCAGCAGUGGGAGCGAGGGCCCUGGCUGUCGCGCCCUUGGAAUAGUUUCACCAGGUCAGGCUUUGUUUUGGAUCUGUUUGAUAUAUUCGAGAGUUUAGGGUCUGCACCUGUUUGUAAUAAACAGACAUUUGGA